CGCCUCCAGGAGCGCAGCAGCCAAUGAGACCGAAGCAGGGGCUCGGCGUUAUAACAACGAAGAUUGACGUGGAGGACGCGUCAAAUUAAUCCCAGCAAACUCCGGACUCCCCGGGACAGCUUCAAUUGGCUUUUAUCGGAUGAAGAUCACUUUGUUGCCGCUGUGCCUCUCUACCACUUGCUUCCAAAGAAAGACGGAGGCGAGCUGCUGUCGGAGGAGAUUCUAAAAAAAAAAAGAAAGAAAAGAGAAGAGGUCUCGCUCUCCUCUUUCCAGGACUCGUUUCCCUCAAGUUCUCCCCCCUUUUUUGGCUUUUCUGCCUUCGCUCGGACGCAUUCAGCCAUUUGAAGAGGCACCAUAGAUUUCCCAGCAUCUCGCAACAUAUAUAGGCAAAUGGAGCAAACCUAUGGAGAGGUGAACCAGUUAGGCGGCGUGUUCGUCAAUGGGCGACCCUUGCCCAACGCCAUACGGUUAAGAAUAGUGGAGCUGGCUCAGCUCGGGAUCAGGCCCUGUGAUAUCAGCCGGCAGCUGCGAGUCUCGCACGGCUGCGUGAGCAAGAUCUUAGCGAGGUACAACGAGACGGGCUCCAUCUUACCCGGUGCCAUCGGUGGGAGCAAACCGCGCGUCACGACGCCCAACGUGGUGAAGCACAUCAGGGAAUACAAACAAAACGAUCCCGGGAUCUUUGCGUGGGAGAUCCGGGACAGGCUUUUGGCCGAUGGAGUUUGUGACAAGUACAAUGUCCCGUCGGUCAGCUCCAUCAGCAGGAUUUUACGCAACAAGAUUGGAAAUCUGUCUCAGCCUCAGUACGAGAGCGGGAAGCAAGCCUCGGCGCAGGCCGGACUCUCCUACAACCACAUAUAUCCGUAUUCCUACCCCAACACCAUGUCGCCCAAGAUGAGCAGCCCUCCUGGAGUACCAGUGAGCGCCGGACAUGUGAGCAUAUCCAGAGCCUGGCCUUCUGCGCACACCGUCAGCAACAUCCUCGGUAUACGAGCGUUCAUGGAUCCCACAGAAGGAUAUCCACAAAAAAUGGAGGAAUGGAGUAGCGUCAACAGAGCAGCUUUCCCAGCGGCUCACACAAUCAACGGGAUCGACAAAUCAGCCAUCGACGCCGACAUAAAAUACGCACAGCCUUCAUCCACAUUGUCCAGUUAUGUCUCGGCGUGCGCUUACUCUCCCACCAACCAGUACGGCGUGUACAGCGGGUCAGCGGGCGGCUACGUGGCCCCGGGACACCAUCACCACUGGCAGCCGCAGAGCCCCGUCCUGUCGCACCCAGGUGGCGGCAUGGGUAUGCACGCGGGGGAGAUCCACUCAGCUAUGGCCUUCAAGCACGAGCAGGCCCGAGAAGGAGACAGGAAGCCUCCCAGUCCACUGAAGCAGCAGCAGCAGCAGCAGCAGCAACAGCAGCAGCAGCAGCAACAACAACAUGAAGACUUGAACAGUGUGCAUGGACUCAGUCUCCCUACCUCAUCAUCAUAACCGGGACUUACACCACCUUAAUUACCAGACUCAUUUAAAUGAACCCAUUUUCGUCAGCUCCAACAGUAAGUCUGAACUCUAAUGGCCUUUCCCCCUGGGUGUUAGCAGCUCACAGUCAAACACAGGCCUAUUCACAUGCAUUAUGAAUACAGUAUACUGUAGCUUUAGAGACCUUCAUGGCCAUAUGAAUGUAAGCUUGCAUGGAUGUAUCCCCCCCCCUCAUUGGUUGAUAGUUGUUUUUUCCCUCUCAAUUGACUCACUACAUGUUUGGACUUAAAAAAAAAAAACAGUCUGUCAAUGAUCUUUUAUUAUAAAUAUAAAACUAAGGGCUUUUCUGUAAUAAUCUGCCAUAUCUAAAACACAAAAAAAGACUAAUCAUUUGUGGCCCAGGAUCUCGAUCUUACACAGUGACUUUUUCCAAGAACUACAAUUGUCUAAAUGUUAAAUAUUUGCCAAAGCUUUAAUUAUAUAUUUUUUUAAUUUCAUUGUAAAUAUUCAAUAAUAAAUGCUUUCUUAAAUUUGCCGCACGAUGGUCUUUCAGCGUAUGCGUCAUUUCAGUACUCUGAAAAAUGAAAUUAGUUGUUUGUUUUUUCGGGGGUUGGUUUUGCGUGUGUUGU